AUGACGGUGAUUGAGGAAAUAAAAUUCUCCGGAAAUGAUGAGGAAAAUAUUAGGGAGAUAUGUUCAUCACAUGUCCGCGUAUAUCCUAGUGCUAAAAGUGCUCUGGACUGUAGGGAUGUUUCGGCCAGCUGCAAGAUUAGCAUUCAACCAGCUGUUAAAUACUUUUGGGAAUAUCAGUAUUAUGUAACACGUCUCAUUGCACGUCAUCACGCAAGUUCACUGAUUGCCUAUGCAAUUAGACAUGUUAAAAAAACAGAUUCUGACGAAGAUAUAUAUGUAGGUAUGGUGCGGUUGCUGAAUACAGAGACGGGAAAGAAGUUGCUCUUGCGUUCUUUCACGGACCGUAUCACGUACAUUGAUUUUGCACUCCGCAGCGAGGCUCUUUUAGGCAUCCUUGACUACUCUGGAGCAGUUAGUGUUUUUAAAAUUGAUCAAGGGUUGGGUUCUGAAGACCCAAUGACUUCGUCGUUAUUCUUCUCCUUAAAUCCACCAGAAAAUUUUGUCCCUUUGGAUAUUUCUUCACUCGUGUGGUGUCCGUGGUUGCAUGGGUCCAAAACUGCACUCCCACUUGUAAAUGAUAUCCAUGAUGAUGUAUUUGUCCCACCACGUGACCCAAGCCUUCUGUUAGCAUAUUCUGCUCAUCAUAAGGUAAAAGUUAUAAAUGUGGGUUUAGUUGUUGAACUUCUUCAGAAUCACUUUUCACAAGAUGUUCAGUCGGAAGUAUCGUCUUGGAGUGAAAAACAACUUAUUGAUGCCAUAGAAGGAUGUACAGCAGAUUCAUUAUAUUAUGCUGAGUUAUCGGAUCAUUCUGAUGCGAUUACUGCUUUGUCAUUAAGUCGUGAUGCUACUUGUUUGGGUUCUGCCAGUCUGGACGGUAAAGUCUGUAUAUAUUCCUUAGUUAGUCGAAUGGCUGGCAAUAUGAAGUAUAAACUGAGGCCAAUUCAUGUAUUUUCUCCUCAUGGUGGACUACCAUUGUAUGCUUUAAUAUUUCUGGACAACGUGUUGCAUAAUGAUGAAAGUAUAACAUGGAGUUAUCUUUUAACCGGUGCAGAGUCUAAUCGUGAAAUACGUCUUUGGUCAUGUUCCGAUUGGUCCUGUCUACAAGUUAUAGAGUUUUGUUCUGUGAUACCCAGUACAGAUUUACUAAAAUCUUUAAAUAUUUCAUUAUCGAAAUCGAGCAUAAUAUUAGCUGUUGAUCAGUCCGCCUCUUUUCUAAUUGCCACUGAUGUAACACGAAGAGUACUGUAUACACUUGAAUUGGCCGUUGUAAAAGAUGUUCUUGUUUCAAGUGAUAACGAAAGGUCGUUGUCCUCUUCAUCGUCAUCAAUGUUAUCAGUAUCGAAGAAGAUAUGCUGCUUCAUUUCUAUUGGAGAAUUUCUAUUGACAACACCGUGUCUGUUGUUUGCUUUAGGUCCUUCUUCAAGGAAAGCUAAAACUGGUGUAGAUCCCCUUUCUAUAAAAGAGAAAAUCGGUUCACAUAAAGUUUUAAUGGAUCAAAUAUGUUUGGAUAUACAUAUCAUUCAUAAUCGAAAUCUAUUAAAUGGUACCAUUCGAUUUGAUCUGCCUCAUCGAUCUGAAUCAGAUAAACUCGAAUUAAUUACAAAUAUAAUGAAACAAUCUUCAGUGGAAUCACCUGUUCAUCAUCAACGUGAAUUAACAGACCCUACUCUCCCCACUGCUAUUGAUAACUCUAGUAAUAAGGAUCUGUCAAGUUCAAUACCUUCUCCUUUUACUUCAUCACUUAACAUAAAUGCUAUUGUUCAAGAAAAAGUUGAAUCUCAUGAAUUUCUUGAUGAGCGUGAUUCCUCUGAAAUACUCACUAGCAAACAAUUAGGUCAUGAUUCUUUGAUGCCUAACACUUUGGAAAAUCAAUUGAUGAUGGAGAAAUUAACAAAUCUAAUAAUUCUAAUUCCCAUUUAUCUAUUAAAACUGAAAUUGAAGAUAAUUCCAUCAACAUGA